AUGACGGGCGUGGAGGAGAAGAAAAAAUCAGUUGUUGCCUAUCUGGGGCCAGAGGGCAGUUACACGCAUCAGGCCGCUCUCUCAACCUUCCCCCCACAAGACCCCCCAACAACAACCCUAACCCCUCUCACCACAAUCCAAGACGUCUUCACGGCCGUGCAAUCCCGCACCGCCCACCUUGGCGUCGUCCCUUUUGAAAACAGCUCCAACGGCUCCGUCCUCUUCACUCUAGAUCUCUUUGCCGACUCUUCGAAACAACACGCCGACAUCCUCGUCUGCGACGAAGCGUACGUAGCCGUACGGCAUUGCCUUCUCGGCCAUCACCCCUUUACUCCAAGCUCUUCCACCGGCACCGAAGAAGACUUCUCACACAUCAAACGCAUAUACUCGCACCCGCAAGCCUGGGGCCAGUGCAAAAACUUCCUCACCACGCAUUUCCGCAACGUCGAGAAGAUUGAUGUGAGUAGCACGUCGCGCGCCGCGCAGAUUGCAGCGGAGGAUGCGACGGGCACGUCGGCGGCACUGUCUAGUCCCGUUGCAGCGGGCAUCUUUGGGCUACAAGUGUUGGCGGAAGGAGUGAAUGAUCGGUUGGGGAAUAUGACUAGGUUUCUUAUUUUGAGACGACGACGACGACGACAACAACAACAACAACAACGGCAGUCGUCUCCUUCUUCUUCUCCUGGUCUUCUUCUUCUUUCUACCCCUUCACCUCCAACUCAAAAUAUAACCCAUGCAAAAGGAAAUAAAAGACAUGAUCACUGGAAAUCCCUCGUCACAUUCACAGUACACCACUCGAACCCCGGUGCGCUGGCGAAUUGCCUGACGGCGUUUUCGGAUCAAGGGAUUAAUCUCACGUCGAUUAAUACGCGGCCGAGUGGGGAUCGGAAUUGGCAUUAUGUGUUUUUUGUGGAGUUGAAGGGGCGGAGUAGGCGGGAUGAAGGGGAUGGGGGUGGGGAGGGAGAGGGGGAGGAAGAAGGGCCUGUGGAUAGGGCGUUGGAGGCGUUGGGAAAGGCGAGUAGUGGGUAUCGAUGGUUGGGGAGUUGGGAGAAUAGGCUUGAGGAGGAGGAG